UCUUUUUUAAAAAUCUAGGACCGUUUGUGGCGUAAAAAUCGAAGGCCAAAUGAUGGCAGCGCCUGCAUUGGCACGGAUAUGAAUAGGAACUUUGAUUUCCAUUGGGACGAAGGAGGUAGCUCUGAUUUGCCUUGUGCCGAAACCUACAACGGAGGUGCUGCUUUCAGUGAAAUCGAAUCAAGAAUCAUCCGCGACACCAUUCUGGGGAUUGCCAAUCAAACUAUGGUCUACCUGACGGUCCACUCUUACGGCCAGUAUUGGCUCACCCCAUGGGGCUACACAGCAGAUUUACCCUCAAACUACGACCAGCUUUACGAUUUGGCUGUUCGGGCUGUCGACAAGCUCACCGCCGUCUACGGAACUCAAUACACAAUAGGAUCAUCUACCAACGUUCUUUACGUCAAUACCGGACCUAGUGAUGACUGGGCAAUGGGAGGAGCCGGAAUUCCAUAUGCCUAUACUCUUGAGUUGCGAGACACUGGAAAAUACGGUUUCGAGUUGCCUGCAGAAUACCAAGUCUACCAAGUGAAAGCCAAAGACAGGGUUUCUUUUGAUGUUUUGGUGAAGCUCUACAAUGAGAGAAGCGAUGUUUACGAUUUCUGGACAGAGCCUCGUUAUGUUGACUUUACGACCGACGUCAUGGUCCCUCCCGCUUUCACGAAAACGUUCGUCGAUGUGUUGGAGGCUUUCAACAUGGAAUAUCACAUAAAAAUAGACGACGUUCAACAAGAAAUUGAAUUAAGUCGACUUGACAUUGCCCCACCUCUUGCACCCAAAAAAGCUCUUCAGAGAUCCCCUGGUACACCAAGAUAUUCACUUGAUUGGACUUCAUAUUCCGAUUUACCAGCCAUUUAUGAAUUUGUUAACGAAAUAGCUGCCACUUACCCCAAUUUGGUAACCGUCACAAGUACUGGACUAAGUUACUUGGGUAACGAUAUGCCAAUACUCAAAAUCUCGACAGGAGGAAGCGGGAAAAACGCCAUUUUUGCCGAGGGUGGAAUUCACGCUCGUGAGUGGAUUUCACCGGCUUUCGUUACAUGGCUUAUUCGUGAAUUGGUAGAAAAUUAUGCAGCACACCCACAAUAUGUAGACAACAUCGACUGGUACAUUAUGCCCGUCCUCAAUCCAGAUGGCUACACCUACACAUUCUCACCUACAGGGGAUCGAUUGUGGCGAAAAAAUCGUGCUCCCAACUCAGGUGUCUGCGUUGGAACCGAUUUAAAUCGUAACUUUGACUACUACUGGAACACUGGUGGAAGUACUUCGAUCGAAUGUGGCGAGACUUAUCACGGGGGUGCAGCUUUCAGCCAAGUAGAAGCCCGAAAUGUUCGUGACGCAAUGCUGAGUGUUGCAAAUCAAACCAAAGUUUAUUUCUCCUUCCACUCGUAUGGACAAUACUGGCUGACUCCAUGGGGCUAUACUUCUGCGCUACCAGAUGAUUAUCAAGACUUGUACGACUUGGCUCAAAGUGCAGUUGACAAACUAACGGCUGUCGAGGGAACUCCCUAUACAAUUGGAACGUCAACUAACCUUUUAGGUCUCGCUUCUGGCUGCAGUGACGACUGGGCAAAGUCGGGUUCAAUGUCACCAUUGGAAGAUCAAGACAAGCUGCUGGAUGAAGCUUUAAGUGUAGUCAAAGUACAGGCUUUGCAAAUGAAACGUUGUCUGGAUAAACGCAAACUUAUGGAUGCCCUCAAACAUGCAUCAACUAUGCUUGGAGAACUAAGAACUUCUCUUCUCUCACCUAAAUCAUACUAUGAACUUUACAUGGCAAUUUGUGAUGAGCUCCAACAUUUGGAAAUGUAUUUACUUGAUGAAUUUCAGAAUGGACGUAAGGUGGCAGAUUUAUAUGAACUUGUUCAGUAUGCUGGGAACAUCAUUCCACGUCUGUAUCUCUUAGUUACUGUUGGAGUUGUAUACAUUAAAACCAACGAGCAGUCAAGGCGUGAUAUUCUUAGAGAUCUAGUAGAAAUGUGUCGUGGAGUUCAACACCCAUUGAGAGGUCUUUUUCUUCGGAACUAUCUCCUACAGUGUACAAGGAACUUGCUUCCAGAUCUUGCAGAGAAUGACCCUUUAGCCACCGAGUCCUAUGGCAAUGUGAGAGAUGCAGUUGAUUUUAUUCAACUCAAUUUUUCCGAAAUGAAUAAACUUUGGGUCCGUAUGGCUUACCAAGGCCAUUCAAGAGAUAAAGAACGACGAGAACGAGAACGUCAAGAAUUAAGGUUGCUAGUUGGAACGAACCUCGUACGCCUAGCCCAGUUGGACAGUGUUGAUGUUGAACUUUACAAGAAGGUUGUUUUACCUGGCAUCCUUGAACAAGUUGUAAGCUGCCGCGAUGCACUAGCACAAGAAUAUCUAAUGGAGUGCAUUAUUCAGGUCUUUCCGGAUGAAGUUCAUCUCGAUACGCUUCACACGUAUUUGAAGGCUUGCGCUGAGUUGCAUACUGAUGUCAAAGUUCACGUAAUUCUUGUCGCAUUAGUCGAACGUUUGGCUGCUUAUGGACAAAGGCAACAAGCUCUUGGCCAACCACCUAUUCCUCCUCAUAUCCCCCUGUUCGACAUCUUCUCCGACCAAAUUGGAAAUAUAGCUCAAGCGCGUCCGGAAAUGCCAUCGGAAAACUUGGUUUCUUUGCAAGUCUCUCUAAUAAGCCUUGCCUUCCGUUGUUAUCCCGAAAAAAUUAAUUUGGUUGACAAAGUAUUAGAAUCUACAUUGGUCGCUCUCGACAAAAUUGCAGUAGAAAAGGUUGAUUUUGAUUCUGCUCUGGGUAAAGAGCUCAACCGCUUGCUGCGAAUGCCCAUUAGUCAUUACAACAGCUUGGUCACGCUGCUACAGUUGCCACAUUUCGGCCAAGUCCUACAGAGACUUGAUUUCAAUGGAAGAAAAUCAGUUGCUCUUCAUUUGGUCAACAACGCUCUCGAUAACGAAACCUACAUUACAACGCAAGAACAUGUUGAUGCUGUUCUAAACAUGCUUGCACCAUUGAUAUGCGACCAGCCGGAUCAGGUUUUAACUGGUCAAGACGCGGAAGAUUUUGCAGAAGAACAGAACUUGAUGGCACGCAUGAUCCAUUUAUUAGCCGCAGAAGAUACAGACCUCGAUCAGCAGUAUCGCAUGCUCACAUCAGCUAGAAAGCAAUUUGGAGCAGGGGGAGCUAGACGCAUUCCUUUUACCCUCCCACCAUUAAUUUACGAGGCUUUCAAAUUGGCUAGGAAGUAUUUCGAUGUUCGACAAGAGGAUGAACUAUGGGAGAAAAAAUGUGAAAAAAUCUUCACCUUCUGUCAUCAAUGCAUUGCUGCUCUAGUUAAAGCUGAAUUGGCCGAAUUGCCUCUAAGACUUUUCCUCCAAGGAGCCCUCGCCGCUUCCCAAAUUAUUUUCGGAACUCAUGAAACUUUAGCUUAUGAAUUUAUAUCACAGGCAUUCACCCUCUACGAAGAAGAAAUAUCAGACAGCAAAGCCCAGUUUGCUGCUUUAACACUGAUGGCCGCUUCGUUAGAAAAACUGGAUUGUUUUAGUGAAGAAAACUCGGCACCUGUGCGUUCCAAAUGUGCUCUGCUUGCAUCAGCCCUCCUGCGGAAACCAGAUCAGUGUCGAGCUUUGAUUCUCGUGUCUAAUCUUUUCUGGUCAUCCACUACGAAAGAACUGGAAGGCAAACCUAUGCGUGAUGGGAAAAAAGUAUUGGAAUGUUUACGGAAGGCUGGAAAAGUAGCCACCGAAUGCUUGGAUCCUGGCGUGCAAGCUCAGUUGAUUGUGGAACUGGUCAACGUAUACGUCCAUUUCUUUCAUCAGGGAAACCAGCACAUAACUGUUACCCACAUCAAUGAGCUGAUUAGUAAAGUUCGACAGGAUUUGCUGCCACAGUUAGAAAAUUCUGACGAAAAAGAACUCAUCGAAAGACAUUUGGGAGCUAGUUGUGAGAUGUUGAGGCACCGACGGGACAACCCAUCUACUACCAGCGACACGCCCUCGUAUCAAGGAAUCAUACUAGACUGAAAAAUAUAAAUUUCCUCUAUAUAAAAAAAAACUUCCGUUGAAAUUUCCACCUGUUACCGAAAAGAAUUUAUGAAUUUUUCCCUUUAUUCUCUAUGUUUCUCCUUAAUUUUCUAAAACCCACAUCGUUCAUUUUCGUGCGCUAGAUGUCCUUAAGUCUCAACAGUGCACGUGGUUUGCUGGUUACUGUUUAGUCUUCUAGUGUUGAAUACGUUCCCCGCUCCAUUAGUGUGGCUUUUUCAUUUAUCCUUGAUACUUCAGUCUCGCAGUGAAAUGGUAAAUACAAGAAGAAAAAGCCA